AUGGCGAGCAGCAGCAAGAACCCCUUGAAGCGCAUGGGUUUCAAGCGCACCAACACCUCAGAGGCUGGUGUCGUCGAAACCACCCGAGAAGUGACCGAACUCGACGAACUGGGCGAGGAGCCGGCAGUCGUAAGCAAGAUUGCCGACGAGUUUGGGGGAAACGUACACAAAGGCAGCCAUGCGACCGCCGUGAAGGACAUUUCCGAGGCGGAGGCGAACCGCAGGCUGAGCGCCUUCCGCGCCGAGCAUUCCUUGGACCCCAAUCUGCCCGCCACUGCGCUCGAGGCCAUCGAAGAUGCCACUCGCGCCCAUGACCAAAAAGGCGAGGCUGUUCUCGUCGACGAGCUUGUGGAAGACUCUCCGUAUCCCGAAGUUCGUGCCGUCGUGCGCAACUACGAUGAAGACGUCCCCGCCGGCACCAUUCGCGCCUGGACGAUUGGCUUGUUCUUGACCACCAUCGUGUCUGCCGUCAACGGGCUGUUCUUCCUGCGCUACCCCAUUGUCAACAUCCCGGUUUACGUCGUGCAGUUGAUUGCGUACCCCCUGGGCGUUGGUUGGGCCCGGGUCAUGCCCAAUCACGAGAUGAGUCUUAUGGGCCUCAAGUUCAAUCUCAACCCUGGGCCGUUCAAUGUGAAGGAACAUACCAUCAUUGUUGUCAUGGCAAAUGCCGCCUUCGGCGGUGGAACGGGAUACUUUGUGGAUACCGUCGUUUCGAUCCAAGAGUUUUAUCGGAUCCCGGGCUUUGGCUGGGGCUUCAACAUCUUGUUUGCAUUAUCGACACAAUGUCUCGGCUUCGGAAUUGCGGGCAUGGUCCGUCGAUGGAUUGUGGAGCCGGCGGCGAUGAUCUGGCCCGGUGCACUGGUCAACGUCGCUUUCAUGUACGCCCUGCACGACCAAAAGCCGAGUGACCCGAAACAAACCAAUGGCUGGGCCAUCUCCCGUUACAAGUGGUUCCUGAUCAUCCUCGGUGCCAUGUUCUGUUGGUCGUGGCUGCCUGACCUCAUGGUUCCGGCCUUCAGCUACUUUGCGUGGUAUGUUGAUCUGCUGCCGACUUUAGACAAUGUCCUUCUGAACCAGCUCACAGGCCAGACGACGGGCAUUUCCCUUGGAUUUCCUCUUACCGGUUUCACCCUUGACUGGGCUCAGAUCAACUCUUUUUUCGGCAGUCCUCUGAUCUCACCCUGGUACGCCACGGCCAACAUCCUUGGAGGAAUCAUCAUUAUUGUCUGGAUCAUCACGCCCGCCGUCCAUUACAGCGGCGUGUGGUACUCGCAGUAUUUGCCAAUUAGCCAGAACGCCAUCUUCGACAACCAGGGCUUGCCGUACAAUGUGACGCGCAUCCUCUUGCCCGACAACACCGUGGAUCCGGCUGCGUACGAGGCCUACUCGCCGCUCUUCCUGCCCACCACGUUCGCUCUGACGUACGGCAUCUCCUUUGCCUCGAUCGCGGCCCUCGUCAGCUAUACCUUCCUCUAUCACGGGCCGGAGCUCAAGCGGAGGUGGAAGGCGUCUAGGGGCGAGCUCGACGACAUCCAUAUGAAGAUCAUGCGCAAGUACAGUCUGGUUCCCGUUUGGUGGUAUGGGAUUCUGUUCGCCGUCAUGUGUGGAUUCGCGUUUGCCGCUGCGUGUGCCUUCCCCACUGGAAUGAAAGCCUCUUCUGUCGUGCUGGCGUUGGUCAUCGCUUGCGCCUGGACCGUUCCAAUCGGCAUCAUCCAGGCCAUGACAAAUAUCCAGCUGGGAUUGAAUGUGUUUACCGAGUUCAUCAUCAGUUAUCUGCAGCCCGGAACACCUGUUGCGAUGAUGAUGUUCAAGACCUUUGGGUACAUCACCUCGAGCCAGGCCCUGUAUUUUGCGCAAGACUUGAAGCUCGGCCAUUACAUGCACGUGCCGCAGCGAUCUCUUUUCACGGCGCAGCUUGUGGCGACGAUGUGGUCAUGCCUGUGCCAGCUUGGCACCAUCGAAUGGGCGCUGGGUCAGAUUAAGAAUGUCUGCACCUCCGCAGCCUCCAAUGACUUCACCUGCCUGUACAUCGCCACCUUCUACAACGCCUCCGUCAUCUGGGGCGCGAUUGGUGCCAAACGCCUGUUCUCCAGUGGCGCCGUGUACCAAGGGCUGCAGUACUUCUGGCUCGUCGGUUUCAUCCUGCCCAUCAUCACGUACGGUCUCGUGCGAGCUUUCCCCAGGCACUCGUGGCUCAAGGCUGUCAACAUUCCCGUCGCCCUUUCCUGCAUGGGUUACAUCCCGCCGUACUCGGCCAUGAACAUUCUUGCGUACUGUACCGUUGGUUUCAUCUUUAUGAAAUGGAUUCGCAAUCGUUACCGCGGCUGGUGGUAUAACUACGUGACCUCUGCGGCCAUGGACACGGGCUUGGCUUUGGCGGCAAUCUUCAUCUUCUUCCUCGUCCAACUCCCAGUCGGAUCAUUCCCAAGCUGGUGGGGAACGAAUGUCAUCAUGACGAGCGACUAUCUUGGGUCGGCCGUUACCCAGACCGUCAACGUUACCGCAGGCGAGAUAUUCGGUCCGGCACGCGGGACUUGGAAGUGGUAG